ACAGUAAACUCACAGUGACGUUGCCACUCACAAUCAACUGCAUGCGCCGCCGGAAGAUUUUUCGCUGCAAUUAAGCGUUAAAUUUAGUGAAAUAGUUUAAACUUGAAACGAAUCGGGCCGCAGGAUGAAGCUGGUGCACAAGACGCUGCUCAGCGCACUGCUGUUAGUGGCGAUCUUUGCGGUCUACACCGCCGCUCAGACCAGAUCUAAGACGGGCUUGUCGCUGUCGGAGAAAGUACAAAACCUGGUGGACAUGAACAUGAAGAAGCCGCUGCUCCGCUUUAAUGGCCCCAAGUUCCGCGAGUAUGUGAAGAGUGCUCCGAAAAACUACUCCAUGGUGGUGAUGCUGACGGCGCUGGCGCCAUCGCGUCAAUGCCAGAUCUGUAGGCAUGCCCACGACGAGUUCGCCAUUGUGGCCAACUCGUAUCGCUUCUCCUCGAUCUACUCCAACAAGCUGUUCUUCGCCAUGGUGGACUUCGAUGAGGGCUCUGAGGUGUUCCAGCUGCUGCGCCUGAACACCGCCCCUGUUUUUAUGCAUUUCCCGGCCAAGGGCAAGCCGAAGGGAGCGGAUACCAUGGACAUUCAUCGCGUUGGCUUUGCCGCCGAUUCCAUUGCCAAGUUUGUGGCGGAACGCACGGAUAUUACCAUUCGUAUUUUCCGUCCUCCCAAUUACUCGGGAACGGUGGCCAUGAUCACUCUGCUGGCCUUGGUUGGCAGCUUCCUCUACAUUCGGCGGAAUAACCUGGAGUUUCUGUACAAUAAGAACCUUUGGGGCGCCAUUGCGGUGUUGUUCUGCUUUGCCAUGAUCUCGGGCCAGAUGUGGAAUCACAUUCGUGGACCGCCGCUGGUGCACAAGUCGCAGAACGGGGGCGUGGCCUAUAUCCAUGGUUCCUCGCAGGGACAGCUGGUGGUGGAGACGUACAUUGUCAUGUUUUUGAACGCCAUGAUUGUCCUGGGCAUGAUUCUCCUUAUCGAAUCGGGCACACCAAAGAGUCACAACAAGAACAGGAUUAUGGCCAUGACGGGUCUGGUGCUGCUCACCGUAUUCUUCUCCUUCCUGCUGUCUGUAUUCCGGUCCAAAGCGCAGGGUUAUCCCUAUAGUUUCUUGUUCAAAUAGACUGCAGCAGGACCUGUUUCCCCCCCGCGUAAUGUAUCGUUCUUUGUAGUUAAAAAUCACCCAGCAGAGCGUGUAAAAACGACUUUAAUAAAAAAUUCCACUACUAAA